AUGCCUCCUCUAUAUGGAGACCCUACAACUACCGUUCACCCCAAGCACAGGCUCUGGCUGUGCGAAAAGAAGGCCAACGAUACCGAUGGUACCAAGUGCAACACCCACAACGAUGUCAACGAUCUGAUGUGCAUGAAGUGUGGCUACGAAGUCGACGGUUGGAUAAAGGUCAAGGCCAAGGAUAAGGACGAAAAAGAAAUCGGGGAGCUCCACGACUACGACGAUGGUGUGGUCCGAUUAUGGAGGAUGCGCCUGGGAACAAUGCGCCUGUACCCCGAGGCACAAUCCCCGGAUAGUCCACAAAUGGAGCAACCGACGGAUCGUCUACGAAUGGAGCGGAAACCAAUGGAGCUGUCAUCAACGGGAAUCAUGGAAGACGUUAGAAUUGACUCUUCAACCACGUCUGUCCACUUUGGUGUUGGGAAUCAGCAGAUUUGA